GUUGUCAUUGCGAUAAUGGGGGUCACGGGCUCUAGGAAGAGCCAUCUUAUCCGGAGGAUUACCCAAAAAAAGGGGGUCCGUGUUGGACACGGGCUUCAGUCCGAGACAACUGAAAUGAGCGAAACAACCUUUUCCCACCGCGGAACCAAGUAUGUCCUCGUGGAUACGCCAGGCUUCGACGACACAGUACUAGGCCAGGAGGAAGUGGUCUCACGAAUACUGGAGUGGCUUGCGGCCAGGUUCGGGGAAGGGAGAGGAUUGGACGGCAUCAUCUAUCUCCACUCGCUGAAUAGCCCGAGGAUGACGAACUCGUCUAAGGCGAGUCUUCGCAUGUUCCGUAAGCUCUGCGGGAGCGAGGGAUUUGGCAGGGUCAUCCUAGGGACGACUUUCUGGGAUGUGGUCCCCUGGCCCAUUGCCGAAGAACGGGAAUCCCAGCUCUGUAACUGGUUUUGGCCGGAAAUGAUAGAGAAGGGGUCUCGGGUUGCGCGUAUA